AUGCCACUCCUUACAUCAUCAAAUUAUGAGGGUUAUGGAGAGAGGAGUCAAGCAUCAUCACCUGCAAGAAAUUCAGCCUUAAAAAAUCAUCAUACAGGAGAUGACCCAACAAUUAUGCACUUGGAAUCAACGAAAAAUGGAUUUUCAAGAUUGUUUGUUUCUAAACCAUCUCCCUACGCAGAGCAUUCGUCAUCUUCAUCAAAUAGAUAUGCUCCCUCACCAACAAAUUCUCGUCCAACAGUGUUUUCCUCAAAAACCUCAACACCAACUACCUAUGCAACUAAUAAUCCUUCUCUUUCUCCCUCUCUAACGUUAUUAAAUGACGCCGAACGUCCAACAUCAUCCCUUGCAAUCAAUCAUACACCUGGUCAUUUCUCUGCUAUCAAAUUUCAAAGACAAAUUCCUUCUCUUUCACCUUCUUCCCCAAGAGCCUCAUCUACUCAAUACAGAACAACAAAUGAAUAUUCUCCCUCAACUGCAACAUUAAGCAACAAUAAUACGGAACAAUAUGUUCCUCAUACAAACCCAGAAAAAAACAGACCGCGCUCACCUUCUACAAAUUUUGCGCCAGAAACUCAAACGUUUGAUCCAGCAAUCUUUAGGAGAAGAGCAGCCUCUCCAACUGUAUUUAAUACAUCAUCAAAUAAUAACAAAGCAGCUGUUGAGGAACAUCAUCAUUAUUAUUAUUUAGCUAAUAAGGAAAAAAUUGGAACACAACAACAACGAAUGAGAAGAGAAUCACCAACAUUAACUCCAAGGGAUCGGGAAAUGUACAUUAGUAAAUCCCCUCAUCCUUUCUUAUCUACAAUGUCAAGAGCAAAUACAACACCAAGUACGGCAUAUUUUACUCCUCCUUCGUUUAAACCUUAUGAUUUUGAAUCGGAACAAAAAUCAGGAAGACAAAGUGGAAUUUCUGUUGGUAUGAAGGAAAUUGAAAUUUCACCUCGUAAAGAAAAGGAAGAUCUCAUCAAACAACUUUUACUGAGUGAAAAAACAGAUAAAGCCUUCAAAAUGGCAGAGGUACAACAAGAGAAAAUUAAGAAUGUGCAAAACAGCUACUUUACUGAGGAGUUUGCAACAUCUGACAUUGAACCAAUCAAAAUUUCUACUUCAAGACCUAAAAAGACCUCAAUAAUAUUCAAUAAUCAUGAUGAGGGUAAUACCACAGAUAACGAAGAUAGAGAAAUUGUAAAUAUUCUUUCACAAAUCAAAAAAUCGAGAACAGCAAUUAAUGAAAAUACUAAUGUUAAGCCUCAAAUAACACCAAAAAAAGAAUCUCCAAUGAAACAGAAUAUUUCUUUUGGGGAGGAUAAACAAGACUUUAUUAGAAGAAAUAUGUCGUCAACUAUUAAGGAUGUGAACAAUCUUUUAACACUUGUAGAGACAGACGGAUUGGAAACUUCACAAUCUAAACUUUUUAAUCAGCAAAUUUCUACUGAAGGAGAUCUAUUGACAUUGUCAUCAAUGUUAACACAACAAACUGACACAUUAAAGAAUAGACUCACAGAGAGGUAUGCUGGACAGCUAGGUGACUGUUUAACACAAUAA